GCCUCCCACACCACCACCACCACCACCGCGGCCUCUCCGCCUCUCUUCUCCACGGCGCGCGUCUUCUCCGCCGCCGCAACCUACUCUCUCCCCGUCCCCCGCUCACCCCACCGCCACCUCCUCCUCCGCCUCCACCUACUCCAAUCCGCCCACUUCGCCGUCGCCGCAGGCGACCUCCAGCUCAUCUCCGACUCCCGUGCGGCCUCUCCCGCAGCCUGGGGCCGCUACAACUACCGCGAGUACCUGCUGCCGCACCGCGGCGGAGGCCUCCUGCGCCUCCGCUUCUCGCCGCGGCCCGGCUCGCUCGCGCUCCUCAACGCCGUCGAGCUCUUCCCCGCCCCCAACGCCCUGCUCCCGCUCCCGUUCAACCCACUCCGCCUCGCCGAGACCUUCUACCGCGUCAACGCCGGCGCGCACGGCGCGGCGUCCUCGCUCAACGACUCCCUCUGGCGGCUCUGGGAGAGCGACGCCGCCUACCUCCUCAACGCGGCCGCCGCGAGCCCCGUCUCCGUGGACCCGGCCAGCGUCCGCUACCCGCAGGGCGCCGCCCCGCCGUACGCCGCCCCGGCCGCCGUGUACGCGCAGGCGCAGGAGAUGGCCGACGCCCGCGUCGGCAGCCAGCGCUUCAACCUGUCGUGGGCGUUCCCCGUCGACCCGGGCUUCCGCUACUCCGUCAGGCUGCACUUCUGCGACAUCGUCGGCCGCAACUCCACGGACCUCGUCUUCGACGUCUACCUCAACAACGACACCGUGCUCAGCAGCUUCGAUUUGUCCGGCACCCUCGGCUUGUUCGAUGCCUAUUUUGUGGAUUUCGUCGUUGCUGUCCCGCCGGGACUGGGGAGGAUCCUGCUGCAGGUUGGGCCUCCCCGUGUGUCCUAUUCUCAGCCGAAUGCCAUCCUCAAUGGCGUCGAGAUCAUGAAGCUUGGCGACCAGGAGACCGUGCGCCGUGUGGAUGCCCUCACCGCAGCUCAGCCAGGGUUGAAGGCGCGCAAGAAGAAGGUUGCAGUAAUCGCUGCUGUGACUGCCGGUGGAGCAAUGUUCAUCAUCUGCAUUGUGGGCAUGCUGUUGUUCUUGAGGCGCCGCCGGAAGGGAAAGGAGAAACACCGGUCUCUCGCUAGACAGCCGUCCUCCUCCAUAGGCCUUGACACGCACACUGGCAUCUCUGCGUCCAACGUUUCAGCAGCUAGAAGCUGCCCAUCCUCGGGGCCUUCUCUCGGCAUCAGCCAGAUAAUGCAGGCGACCAGCAACUUCAACGAGGGCUUGGUCAUAGGCGUCGGCGGAUUUGGCAAGGUGUACAAAGGGGUUCUGUGGAACGACACGGUGGUUGCGGUUAAGCGGGGGAACCCUCGGUCACAGCAAGGCCUGCUGGAGUUCCGCACCGAGAUCGAAAUGCUAUCCAAGCUCCGGCACCGCCAUUUAGUGUCCCUCAUCGGGUACUGCCAUGAGGCCGGUGAGAUGGUGCUGGUCUAUGAGUUCAUGGCAGGCGGACCUCUCCGGGAGCACCUGUACGGCUCUGCCCUCCCGGCACUAUCAUGGAAGCAGAGGCUCAAGGUCUGCAUUGGGGCGGCAAAGGGUCUGCACUACCUUCAUACAGGAGUCUCCGAGACGAUCAUCCAUCGAGACGUGAAGACCACCAACAUCCUCCUUGACCACAAUCUGUCUGCCAAGGUUUCAGAUUUCGGACUAUCGAUGUCAGCACCGGCUAUUGACCAGGCACAUGUCAGCACUGCGGUGAAAGGUAGCUUCGGUUACCUCGACCCCGACUAUUUCAGAAGGCAGCAGCUGACUGACAAGUCGGACGUGUACUCCUUCGGCGUCGUCCUCAUGGAGGUGUUCUGCGCUAGGCCUGCCAUCGACCCGGCCCUUCCUCGCGAACAGGUGAACAUUGUGGACUGGGCGAUGAAAUGGCAGAAGCUUGGCCAAUUGGAGAGGCUCAUGGAUCCCCGCCUUGUGGGCAGCGUCAGCAUUGGUUCGCUUCGGAAGUUUGGCGAAACCGCAGAGAAAUGCCUAGCGGAGUACGGCGUCGAUAGGCCCACGAUGGGUGACGUGCUGUGGAACUUGGAGUGUGCCCUUCAACAGCAGGAGUCGUUUCUACGCUCUGCCGGUGAAGCGAGCAGCAGCGGCACAAAUGGCGCUCAGGGAUUUCUAGGUCGGACUCGUCGUGCGGGCGGUGAUGCUGUGGAUGAGGGUUGCAGCAUUGUUGGUGAUGUGACUGAUGCCACCGCAGGAACAACAGUUUUCUCACAAAUAUUGGAUCCAAGAGGUAGAUAGGUUGAAUGCUGCUUGGGAUUACCUUGGCGGACAGGAUGGCCAAAUCUGACUUCGUGUUCUGUAGUGCACUACAGUCUACAGGAUAGCCAAACUAGGUUAUAUUUUCAGUAGAAUAUAUUUUAGCAGUUGUUAGUGUUGUAGCUGUAAGAUGCCUCGAGUGAUUGCAAGAAAGAUGAUGAAAUAUUGUGC